CGGAAGAAACGUGGCAUAUAUUCUGAAUAGCUGCAAGACAUGGGAAAAGAACCUGCUUUAUCUUGACUAAAUUUUAAGAGGUAUCGGAAAAUUCGGAAAAUCCUUCUAAGCCAUCGCAGAUUUUUCUUCUCUGCUCAAAUUCAAGUCCGAGGUCUUCACAGCUCCUUGCCACUAAGUACCCUCUCAUGUCCAGUUUAAUUCAUGCAUUCAUGGAACCUAAAACCCUCGUCCUUUCAACCUCUACAUCCCCAAUCCCUUCUCCCUUCUACCUUCUCCAAAACUCCAUCUUUCACUAAAUCUCUCCCUUUGAAUUCUGCAACGGCCGCACCACCAGCUCCACCAUCCCACCCCAAUGCCGGCCACCACCGCCACUUCCAUGGGCGUGCUUCCUUCCCUGAAUCCCUUUCCCUCCACUCAAAAAAUCCUAAAUCCAUAUACCGCGACAUUCAGCGCCUUGCUCGCCAAAGCAAGCUUCGUGAGGCCCUUACCGUUCUCGAUUACCUCGAUCAACGCGGCAUUCCUGUCAACCCAACCACCUUCUCUGCCCUCCUCUCCGCUGCCUCGCAACUCAAAUCCCUCUUUUAUACCCGUCAAAUCCAUGCUCGCCUCCGCAUCAGCGGCCUCCACCUCAAUGAGUUCCUCCUCACGAAGCUCGUCGAGGCUUACGCCGCCUGUGGCUCUCCGAAGCAUGCCAAGCUCGUCUUUUCGGAGCUUUCUCCAUCGACAGUCUACCCCUGGAAUGCUCUACUAAGAGGAAAUCUCACUGGGGGAUCAAGGUGGGGCUAUGAGCCGCUUUCCAUCUUCUUAGCCAUGAGAGAAGCUGGCGUGGAGGUCAACGAGUAUACUUUCUCUUCUCUCCUAAAGAGUUUUGCAGGUUCGCCGGCGCUAUCAGAAGGGAUGAAAGCCCACGCUCUUUUGAUUAAGAACGAAUUUGCUGGAGCCCCUUUGCUCAUUAAGACGGGCUUGGUUGACAUGUACUUCAAGUGCAGGAAGGUCGGGAUGGCUAUGAAGAUAUUUGAUGAAAUUCCGGAAAAGGAUAUUGUUUCAUGGGGUACGGUAAUUGCAGGCUUUGCACACAAUAAGCUUCGUUGGGAAGCAUUAGAGUGUCUCAGGCGGAUGGUUGGUGAAGAAAUAGAGCCGAAUUCAGUCGUGAUAACCUCAGUUCUUCCAGUUGUUGGUGAGCUUUCAAAGCGGAAUUUGGGUAGGGAGGUUCAUUGCUAUGUCAUGAAACGAUUCAGAAACUUUGUGAAGAUGAUUUUUAUUCUUUCAGGAUUAAUUGACAUGUACUGUAAAUGCAAGGAUAUAACCUCAGCAAGGAGGGUCUUUUAUGCCUCCUCAGAAAGGAAUGAAGUUUGUUGGACUGCUCUUAUGUCUGGAUACGCAUCAAACAAUAGGUUGGAGCAGGCACUAAGAACAAUUGCUUGGAUGCAGCUAGAUGGGAUAAAACCAGAUGUUGUCUCUAUUGCGACAGUCCUCCCUGUUUGUGUCAAGUUGAAGGCUUGGAGGCAAGGGCAGGAGAUUCAUGGCUAUUCUCUGAAGCAUUGGUUCUUACCCAAUGUGUCAGUAGAAACUUCGCUCAUAACCAUGUACUCACAAUGUGGAAAGAUUGCUUCUUGUUGCAGAGUUUUUGAUGGAAUGAAGGGGAAGAAUGUCAUAGCUUGGACUGCACUAAUUGAAUCAUACUUGAGAAGUAGCAGCCCAACUUGUGCUUUCAAAGCUUUUAGAUCAAUGGUGACAGCUAAUCAACGUCCAGAUGCAGUAAUUUUAUGCAGGACUUUGAGAGCCUGUGGCAAAUUGCGAGCUCUAAAGCUUGGAAAAGAGAUUCAUGCACAGGUUUACAAGCUUAAUUUGGAAAUGAUUCCUUCGGUUGUUGGAGAGAUUGUAAGCUUAUAUGGCAAGUGCAGAGAAAUUAAGAUGGCUCAAAAGGAGUUUGAUCAGGUUCAGGCCAAAGGAUCCUUGACAUGGACUGCAGCAAUUGAAGCAUAUAGUCAUAAUAAGAUGUACAGAGAAGCACUAAAAAUGUUUGAUCUUAUGCUUUCAGAUGGUUACAAUCCAACUCAUUUUACAUUUGAUGUUGUCUUCUAUGUUUGUGAUGAAGCAGGAUUGGCUAACGAGGCUCUCAAGUUUUUUGAAGCCAUGAUUCAGAAGUAUAAACUGAAUGCAACUAAGGAGAACUUUGAUUGCAUGAUUAGCCUUCUUAGUCGAGUUGGUCGCAUUGAUGAAGCACAGCAUUUUACACUAUUGAGAUCUAGAUUGGUCUGAAUUUGUGAAGUGCACAAAGUUUAUUCUUCCCCGUUCCAUUAAAUUUUUCAUCCUGGAUUUGGGAUAUAUUUGUGUGCAAGCUUUGUUGGGCGAAGCGGCUUCUUCUCUUAAAGCCAAGUUUGAGAGUGUCAUAACAAGUGG